ACACACGGUUCAUACCUUACAUGGUAUCAGAGCAGGCGUUUCCAUACCCUAGCUGAUUUUCUUCUUGUCUUCGGCCUGUCUUCGUCAACAUGAGCGACGAGUCGUCAACCACGUCUGCUACGCCUACCGCCGCCGUUGAUCCACCGCAGCUGGUCACGUUCAAUCCAGCUGCUUCGUUGCCACUCAAACUCACCUCAACAAACUUCCCGGCUUGGCGUGCGCAGCUCUUUUCCUUGCUCUAUGGUCUCGAUCUCGUCGGCUACUUGGAUGGCUCCACUCCUCCACCGGCGGAGAAUCUUCUUGCGAACAACGUUCCCCAGCGAAACCCAGCCUACACUCACUGGUUUCGCCAGGACAAGCUCCUACUCAAUGGCAUAUUUGCCUCUGUUACCGCUGAAAUCUGUUCCUUUAUCUCGUCUGCGGAGACGUCUCGCGCGGCCUGGACUACUCUUCAGAAUCUCUAUGCCGGAACUUCCUACUCUCGAGUGAUGACUCUCCGUGAUCGGCUUCUUGCUGAGAAGAAAGGCGAUCGCGAUGUGGCUACAUAUAUUCAAGCCCUUCGCUCCCGUGCCUCUGAACUUGCUCUCGCUGGCGAAGUUAUUCGUGACGAAGAACUUGUCACAGUUUGUUUGCGUGGUCUUGGCUCCGACUAUGCUGAAUUUUCUGCUGGGAUUAGGGCUCGUGAUGUCCCUCCAAAGCUCGAGGAUUUGGUUGAUCGGCUCCAAGCUCUAGAAGCUGAUCUCCGGGCUACUCGUCCGUCUCUUGAGUCCCCUGCCACCGCCUUUACUUCUCAACGUGGCCGUGGGCGCGGGCGUCGCGGUGGUACUGCUGGUCGGGGCGCUGGUCGUGGCUUGCUCUCCCAUCCAAGUCCCGCCACCUCAUCCUCGUCUGCUUCCCAGCCUUCUUGGGACUCCUUCUCUGUUCGCGGUGAUGAUGAAUCUUCUCGCGGUCGUCCUCGUGUCUAUUGUCAAUACUGUGACAAGCCCGGGCAUAGCGCCAAAACCUGUUUUCAGCUCUUCCCUCACAAGAGACCACCGCAGGCUAACUAUACGCAACGUCCUCCCUCGGCUCCUCCUCCUUCGUCUCCAGGCCCUUGGCUCAUGGACUCCGCGGCCACUCAUCAUGUGACAAACAAUCUUGGCAACUUGUCGCUUUACUCUGAUUAUAAUGGCCCCGAUGAAAUUUACCUUGGUGAUGGUUCAGGUUUGCGGAUCACUCAUAUCGGUUCUUCUUCUCUUCCUGCUACUAAUCACUGUCUCAGUCUACGCGAUGUGCUAUGUGUUCCGUCUAUUAAGCACCGACUGAUAUCUGUUGCUAAACUAUGUCGUACUAAUCCUGUGUCUUUUGAAUUUUUUGCUGAUUCGUUUCAUGUGAAGGAUCUAAGAACGGGGGCGUCCCUACUGACCGGAAGGAACAAAGGUGAUACUUAUGAAAUUCCUGGUGGUUCUGGAGCUGUUCGCGUCGCCCUUGUCACCACUCGCCACUCUCCUGAUUCUUGGCAUCGUCGUUUAGGUCAUCCGUCUUCCAAGUCCUUGCUGCGUCUUCUUCGAGUUCAUUCUCUCCCUCACACGGGUCGUUCGGUCUCUCAUUGUAACUCGUGUUUGUCUAAUAAGAGUCAUAAACUUCCUUUUGGGGAUUCCAGUCUGUCUAGUAGUCGUCCCUUUGAUCUUUUGUUUUCCGAUGUUUGGGGUCCUGCUCCAGUAUGUUCUGUCGAUGGCUACUCUUAUUAUCUUGUUAUUGUUGAUCAUUUUACUCGCUACACUUGGAUUUACCCUCUUAAAUUCAAAUCUGAUGUUUUGUCGGUCUUUCUUGCUUUUAAAAAGCUAGUCGAAAACUACUUCCAGACCUCUAUUCGCAGAUUCUAUACCGAUGGUGGGGGUGAGUUCCAAAAACUGAAAUCUGAUCUCUUGGCUCAUGGUAUUACGCAUCUACUCACCCCUCCGUAUACCCCUGAGCAUAACGGGCUCUCCGAACGCAAACAUCGCCAUAUCGUUGAAACCGGUAUUACUCUGCUCCAUCAAGCUAAUCUUCCGUUGUCUUAUUGGUCGUAUGCCUUCACUACAGCUGUCUAUCUUAUUAACCGCCUGCCAUCAUCGUCACUUCGUGGUCAGAUACCUUUCACUGUCCUGUUCAAUGAAGCUCCUAAUUACUCCAAACUUCGUGUCUUUGGUUGUCUCUGUUACCCUUGGUUGCGUCCCUAUAGUUCUAACAAGCUUGAGCCUCGUUCUCGUCCUUGUGUUUUUCUUGGUUACUCCCACCAACAAAGCGCUUAUCGUUGUCUCGAUGCUCAGUCCGGUCGUGUGUUUCUUUCUCGUCAUGUACUGUUCCUUGAAUCUAAGUUCCCAGGUGUUUUAUCUCUGUCUCCACCACAUUCUGCUGAGUCCACCUCCAUGACUUGGCUUGCCUCUAUGUCUCCUCCUGUUUCGUUCCUCCCAUGCAGGCCACGUGACACAGCUCCUUCCAUGCAGCCCUUGUCACCUGUUCCGCGGUCUGGUACGCCUCCCUCUAGCUAUCCUUCCUUGGAUCCGUCAGCAUCUACUUCACCAUCCACCUCGGCAUCAGCCUCGCCCAGCUCGUCGCCGCCUGCUUCUCCGUCGGCUCCCGCUCCUUGCCAUCCCAUGACAACACGAGCUAAGAACAACAUUGUUAAGCCUAACAAGAAGUAUGUUAAUGUUGUUUUCUCACAGGAUACUCCUCCCCUUCAGCCGAGCUCUGUCAAGGAGGCCAUGCGUUAUGAUGUAUGGCGCAAUGCUCUUCACACUGAACACAAUGCUCUUUUGGCCAACUACACGUGGGAUCUUGUUCCCAGGCUACCUCACUAUAAUGUCAUCGGUUCGCGCUGGGUGUAUAAGGUCAAGUGGUUACCGGAUGGAUCUAUUGAGCGUCACAAAUGUCGGCUUGUUGCAAAAGGUUUUCAUCAGCGGGCUGGUGUGGAUUAUCAUGAGACUUUCAGUCCGGUUCUGAAACCAGUCACCGUUCGUACGGUGUUCACCUUGGCCUUGUCUUCGCAUUGGCCUAUUUUUCAGUACGAUGUUAAUAAUGCGUUCCUUCAGGGUCCUCUUCAAGAGGAGGUCUACAUGUCCCAGCCGCCAGGUUUCCGGGAUCCGAAGUUUCCACAUCAUGUUUGUCGUUUACGACGUGCCAUCUAUGGCCUUCGGCAAGCUCCUCGCGCUUGGUAUGAGGAGCUGAGUUCUUUCUUGCUCUCGUGUGGCUUCGUCAAAACCGCCUCUGAUGCCUCUCUCUUUGUUUACUCGCAUGAUGGUGUUCUGGUUUACUUUCUCAUGUACGUCGAUGACUUGCUCCUAACCGGCAACAAUGCCGCAUUCUUGUCUAUCUUUCAAUCCAAGCUCUCGGAUCGCUUCUCGCUCAAGCAUUUGGGACAUGUGCAUUACUUUCUUGGCAUUGAAGUCAUUCCCAAUUCAGCUGGCUUCCUCUUGUCGCAGCACAAGUAUGUCACAGACCUUCUUACCCGCUUUCAAAUGCAUGAGGCGGCCCCUGCCUCGACUCCGCUUGCUUCUACAGCUCGACUUACAUUGGCUGAUGGUUCUUCCCCGGCGGAUGCCACUUUGUAUCGACAAGUCCUAGGGGCGCUUCAAUAUCUUGUCACUACUCGUCCGGAUAUUGCUUUCUCCGUUAACAAGUUAUCUCAGUACAUGCAUUCUCCUACCUCGACACAUUGGCAGCAUGUCAAGAGGCUCCUGCGUUACAUAGCUGGUACGCGCACUGUGGGUCUUCAGAUUCGUCGUCAGUCCCUGCCUCUUUCACUUCGUAUCUUCUCCGACUCUGACUGGGCUGGUGAUGUGGAUGACCGUACCUCGACUUCUGGCUUUCUCAUCUAUCUCGGUGAUACUUUACUCUCCUGGAAGUCCAAGAAACAGCGUACUGUUGCUCGUUCCAGUACGGAGGCGGAGUAUCGGGCUCUUGCCCUUGCUACUUCUGAAGCUGUCUGGAUUCAAAAUCUUCUCUCCGAGCUCAAGUAUCCGCUGCCUCGUGCUCCUCUUCUUUUCUGUGAUAACCUCGGUGCAGUCAAUUUCAGUUCCAAUCCUGUUUUUCAUUCUCGUAUGAAACAUUUGGCGUUGGACUAUCACUUCGUGCGUCAGCUUGUUCAGUCGAAGCAGCUUGUUGUUCAACAUCUCCCUACUGCUAGUCAGCUCGCCGAUUUACUCACCAAAGCUCUUCCUGUUACUCGUUAUCGACUUCUCACUUCCAAGCUGGGUCUUGCUGACGCCGCCUCCAUCUUGCGGGGGCGUAUAAGGAAGAAUUCCUAGUUCUAGUUCUAGUUUCCCUUGUAGUAGUCCUUGUCCUUGUAUUAAUCAUUGUUCAUUCUCCUAGUCCUAGUAGUAUUCUACAAUUGUACGUGCUGUAAUCCUUGGGUAUAUAUAUACCCCUUGUUAAUGCAAUACAACACACGGUUCAUACCUUACACUAAACACCUUCUAAGUACACUUAAAAAGAAACUAAUUGCAAUAAUAGCUUGUAACUGAAUUUGUAGAGGCAUGACAGUCAGAUGACCUAACUUGAGUCCGCAAUUCUAGCGGGACUAAUAUAACAAGCUUCAUACACUACGGAGGCAUUUCGAUGUUGUGCAUGGUACACUUGAUCGUGAGCAUAUUUUUCAGGCAAAAAUCAAAUUUUAACGAAGAAAAUACAAAUGAAUUUAAAAGAAUAAU